AGUCGAGCUAGACUCCUUCAUUCUUCGCUUCUUUACGUUCUCUUUCGAUAUUCAGUCUACCUGUGCUUUUUCCAAACAGGAAAGACGGCCAACAAGAUGCGUCUUUUGCUCACUUACAUCAUUUUCCUUGGUGCCGUGCACCUUGGAUCGUCGUAUGCCAUCGGCAUAACAACAACUGUCUUCGUAGACAUCUUCGCCAGCUCAACCGUCACAGUACAAGGCACUACCUUCUCAGUAACUACCUUCUCUCUCAUCGCAUCCGCCAAAGCAGUUGCAACACCAAUCACCAACUCAAGCAAUGCAAAUAUCAAUGUCACUCUGCCAUCUCUCCCUCUGGACUCCGACUCUCUGUCGGCUCUCGAUUCGCUGAUGAACCUUAUCCUGUCUGUACCAGACGAAGUCUUCCAAGCUGGAGAUGCAGACGUUGUCGAAUUCUACACCAACAUCUCAUCCUGUCUUGCUAACGUCACACUAUCACUUGAAGCCGCAGCGUCGAAUCUCGUUCCCGAAGUUGCUAGUAUUGCACACGAGGUUGGCUCAGAUGUUGUCAGCGAUGUCGGUAAAGCGACGUCUUUCAUAGGCUCUCUCACAUCCGAUAUCCCUGGCGCUAUAUCAACAGUCAAGAGCAUUGCUCAGGGGGUUGGCUCAGAUAUUGUUAGCGAUGCAGGCAAAGCAACGUCUCUCAUCGCAUCCUUAAUGUCCGACGUCCCUGGUGCUAUAUCAACAGCGAAAAGCAUUGCACAAUCGAUCGAGUCUCAAGUCGUCUCAGCAGCACCAGCGGUCAUCACAAAGGCUACCUCUAUCUUCAACGACGUUACAUCUGACGCUGCAGCCGCCGCCCAGGGUGUAGCUUCCGCGUUACAUCUACCAUUCAAACCUCGAGCCAGGAACGUUCCCAAAGUAAAGGCUCGACAAGACCUCACAGCCGUCAUCCCCGAGUUUACCAACACUUCAGACAUUUCCCCAUAUCUCAGACUCAGAUCCAAGCGUCGCUCACUCCCUAUUUCCAGCACCCUCAACCCACGCAACUUAACCUCAGCCAUAUCCGAGAUCUCCACAAUCUCGGCUUGCAUCUCCGCAGCAGCCACCACGAACCCACUUUUCCCAGUCGCAGACUGCGCAUUCCGCCUCGCUGAGCUAGUUGGACCCGCAGCAAAGCUGCUAAAGAUCAAGGACGCGGCGGAAGGAGCAGGCGGAGCGGUGAAGAUCAUUCAGACGUUGGGGAAUGCUGCUGAUGCUGCUUCUGUGGUGAAGUUGGGUGGUCAAGGUGUGUUGAAUGCUUUUAAGGAGUUGUUGGGUAUCAAUAGUGCGGUGGAUGCUUGUAAGUUCUUGGUUUGAGGGGAGGUAUUCUGUUGUUGGGGAAUCUGGUUUUCUUUUUACAUUAGGCUGGCUUUUUUGCUUGUUAGAUUUCGUGAAAAAUGAAGGCUUGGAUGAAGGUAGAAUUGCAAUACCCACACACAUUUCGUG